CCUCCACUUCUGCAUCUGAGAGGAGCUCUAGCUGUAACUUCCUGUGUGAUUUGUGCCCAGCUGAGCGCAGUCUGCGCCUCUUCAGGGGCAGGAGGAGCGGCUGCUUCCGUGUGCGGGAGUCCGGGAACGUGCGGGAGUCCGGGGACGUGCGGGAGUCCGGGGACGUGCGGCAUUUGUGCAGAGGAGGCGCUAAAUGUGGAUAGUUUCCACGGCUGGGUCAGGCUGCCUCCUCUCCUCCCCGCGGCAGCUCCGUAGCCGCAGAUAGCGCCCGUGGAGCGGGGCUGAUGGCCGUGGAGCCCCGGGCCUGCAUCAUCCGCUCCGUCUGAAGAGCCGCGGGCCUGAGCCGAGUCCCGGGCCCGGUGACGCGGAGGGUCGGGGUUUGGAGAGCAGCGGAGCCCGGAGUGAAUGAAGAGCGGAGCAGAGAUGGCUGUGCUGAAGCUGGCGGACCAGCCUCCUCUCAUCCAGGCCAUCUUCAGCGGAGACCCUGAGGAGAUCCGUAUGCUCAUUUACAAGUCUGAAGACAUCAAUGCACCGGAUUCAGAAAAACGCACACCGCUCCACGCCGCCGCUUUUCUUGGCGAUGCUGAAAUCACAGAGAUCCUCAUUCUCUCAGGGGCCAGAGUCAAUGCCAAAGACAACAUGUGGCUCACUCCUCUUCAUCGCGCCGUGGCCUCUCGCAGUGAGGAGACGGUGAGCAUGCUAAUCCGUCACUCGGCCGACGUCAACGCUCGGGACAAGAACUGGCAAACUCCGCUGCACGUCGCCUCCGCCAACAACGCCCUGCGAUGUGCCGAGGUCAUCAUCCCGUUACUGAGCAGCGUCAACGUGUCGGACCGAGGAGGGCGCACCGCUCUGCACCACGCCGCCCUCAAUGGUCACACGGAGAUGGUGAACCUGCUGCUUUCCAAAGGAGCCAACAUCAACGCGUUUGAUAAGAAGGACAGCAGAGCCUUACACUGGGCCGCCUUCAUGGGUCAUCUGGACGUGGUGUGUCUGUUGGUGAGUCAGGGGGCAGAGGUCAGCUGUAAGGACAAAAGGGGCUACACUCCGCUCCACGCCGCAGCCUCCAGUGGUCAGAUCGCCGUGGUCAAGCACCUGCUCAACCUGGCUGUAGAAAUCGAUGAGGCGAAUGCGUUUGGGAACACGCCGCUGCACGUGGCCUGUUUUAACGGUCAGGACACUGUGGUCAACGAGCUCAUCGACUAUGGGGCCAACGUGAGCCAGCCCAACAACAAGGGCUUCACUCCCCUGCACUUCGCCGCCGCCUCCACCCACGGAGCGCUCUGUUUGGAGUUUCUCGUCAACAACGGGGCCGAUGUCAACGUGCAGAGUCGCGAUGGAAAAAGCCCUCUUCACAUGACGGCUGUACACGGGCGCUUCACCCGCUCACAGACGCUCAUUCAAAGUGGUGGGGAGAUCGACAGCGUGGACAAAGACGGUAACACGCCUCUACAUAUCGCCGCCCGUUUUGGACACGAGCUUCUGAUCAACACGCUGAUAACGAGCGGGGCGGACUGCACCAGGCGAGGAAUCCACGGCAUGUUUCCUCUUCAUCUGGCCGCCCUGAACGCUCACUCGGACUGCUGCCGGAAACUACUGUCCUCAGGUCGGAGGUUUAGCAUUUUGUGUAACGACUCGGUCCUGUCCGCAGGCUUCCAAAUCGACACGCCGGACACUCUGGGCAGGACGUGUCUGCAUGCUGCUGCUGCCGGAGGUAAUGUGGAGUGUGUGAAGUUGCUUCUGAGCAGCGGUGGAGAACACAACAGGAGGGACAACUGUGGAAGGACCCCCCUCCACUACGCAGCUGCCAGUCGUCAUUAUCAAUGCCUGGAGACGCUGGUGGCCUGUGGCACCGCCAUAAACGCCACGGACAAGUGGGGGCGCUCCGCUCUGCAUUACGCCGCUGCCUCCGACCUCGACAGGAGGCGUCGAGUCGCUCUGGAGCCCGAGAGCGAAGGAGUCCAGGCCGAGAAGGAGAAGGAAGCAGCUCUAUGUUUAGAGUUCCUUCUGCAGAGUGGAGCCACAGCGUCUCUCAAAGACAAACAGGGCUACAGUCCUGUCCACUACGCCGCUGCCUACGGUCACCGGCACUGCCUCAAACUGUUGCUGGACAGAGAUGACAGUCUCCAAGAUCCAGAAUCACCAAAUGCAAGAAGUCCUUUGCACCUGGCUGCGUACCACGGCCACGCCCAGGCGCUGGAGGUGCUGUUACAGGGGCAGAGGGACGUGGACCAGAGGGACGAGGUGGGCAGGACUCCUCUGGCUCUGGCUGCACUCAGGGGUCACACAGACUGCGUACACACCCUCCUCAGCCAGGGGGCGUCGCCGCGCACCACCGACAACCAGUACAGACGCAGCCCCCUCCAUAUGGCAGUAAUGAAUGGCCAUACGACCUGUGUGCGCCUCCUGAUGGACGAACCUGACGGUGCAGAGCUGGUGGACGCCCCGGACGCUCAAGGACAGACUCCUCUGAUGCUCUCCGUAGCGGGAGGUCACGUUGACGUCGUCUCUUUGUUGUUGGAGAGAGAAGCGAACGUGAACAUGGCCGACACCCACGGCCUCACGGCUCUGCAUUUAGGGCUGCUGUGUGGUCAGGAGGAGUGCAUCCAGUGUCUGUUGGAGCAGGAGGCGUCCGUCCUCAUCGGAGACUCCAAAGGUCGCACUCCCAUACACCUGGCUGCGGCCCGGGGACACGCCUCCUGGCUCAGUGAGCUGCUCGGGAUGGCCUGCUCCGAGCCGUCGGCCCUGCCCCCUCUCCGAGACCUCCACGGGUACACGCCUCUGCACUGGGCCUGUUACUACGGCCAUGAGGGCUGUGUGGAGGUUCUACUGGAGCAGAAAGGCUGUCGCUGCAUCGAUGGAAAUGCUUUUACUCCUCUGCACUGCGCUGUAGUAAAUGACCAUGAGGCUUGUGCGUCACUACUGCUCGAAGCAAUGGGCUCGGACAUCGCCGGCUGUAAGGACGCUAAAGACCGGACUCCUCUUCACGCCGCAGCCUUCUCUGGUCAUGUAGACUGUGUUCAGCUGCUGCUUUCCCAUGAUGCACCUGUGGAUGCGGUGGAUCAGUCUGGACGCACUGCUCUGAUGAUGGCUGCAGACAAGGGAAAGGUGGAGGCUCUAGAGGUGCUGUUGACCGGCGCCAACGCAAAUCUUACUCUCACAGACAAAGAUGGCAACACCGCACUGCAUCUGGCUUGUAGUAGUGGGAAGGAGGAGUGUGUUAUGUUGAUUCUUGAAAAACUCUCAGAUUCCACACUCAUCAAUGCAACAAACACUGCGCUGCAAACUCCUCUGCAUCUGUCUGCUCGCAGUGGUCUGAAGCAGGCCGUCCAGGAGCUGUUGUCCAGAGGGGCCAACGUCCAGACAGUCGAUGAGAACGGUUUGACUCCUGCUCUGGCUUGUGCUCCUAGCAGAGAGGUGGCUGAUUGUCUGGCUCUCAUUCUGGCUACCAUGAUGCCUUUCUGCUCCCCUUCCAGCUCGGGGGCUCCCUCUCCAGGUGCCCUCCUGAGACAGCUGCCCCCUCACGGAGGUAAAGUCCCACCCGCCCUCACCCCCGCCGCCGCCGCUGCCGCCGCCUGUGCCCGGGGUCAGCGCAGCCCCAGGAACCCCUCGGGACCAUCCAGCGAAGGAACCACUGAGAACGACUCAGAGGAUUCGGAGACGUUCUGAACCUCCUCCCUUCUACCUCGCACUAUUUAGACUUUUUCAAUUUGACAGUGUUUCAGAGGCAGAGGGUCCGACGCGGCCGCUGUACCUUCUGCGCCAGUGAUCCCUGCUGUUUUUACCUGCACUGCUGAGGUCUGACUGCGGCGGUCCCUCGUACUGAACAGAACAAACAGGGUCUUCUUCGUGCUCGCGCCCCCCUUCCCUCCACGUCCUCUCUGCUCACGGGUGCUUCGAUCCAAAACGACCUCGGUACAUCUGUCUUAAGCCAUUUUUACCCGUUUGUAUAAUUAUGUAGAAUUCUAGGCGACUGCAGUGUAAAUCUACUCUUUUUUUAAUGUUUUCAAACCAAAUAUUUAAAUACCAACCGCAGAUAAAAAGGCAUGUUGAUACAGAAUCCAGUUUACUAUUGGCAACAACCAGGUUUGAUCCGGCGCAAAAGAAAAAUUCAAAUCUGUCACUGGACAAAAAGUCGUAGGAGUGAAGACGUUUUUUUUUGGCUGCUCCCUUCAGACAGAUAUAAGGCAGUGUCCAGCAGUAAUCUGACUAAAACUUACUCUCCACGUGACAGAUUUGAAGUUUUCUUUUACUGAACUACUGUAAGAAAAACAAAAGUUGUGUCCUCCAGCUGGAAUCCCUUUCGUUUUGCAGUCAAUGCUUCCUCCUAAACCAUUUACACGUACAUCCUCCUACAUUUACUAUCACAUUGUAUAUAAAAUAAAUUCGCCUAAACAGGGUCGGUACUGCACUCGGCUAAAGAGGUACUGAGAAAACAAAACAAAACAAAAAAAAACAAAAAAUCUAAAUAUAAAAGCGAUUUCUGGAAGAUGCUGAUUGGCUUUUUGCACUUGUGUAGACGACGGUAGCCAGGGUUUCCCCCAUUUGGGCAGCUCCAAAUGUCAUGCAAGUCUUACACGCAAACACCUUAAGAUGCCAUUAUUAAUGUAGUUAUUUAUUAUACAACUUUUUGAAGGUACAAAAGAUACUGCCAGCACUUAAAUGUAACACAGGGCCUCGUCCAGUCCUCGCCACAGACUGUGUAGAGACGUGGACAAAGGGAGUGUGACGUCACCCACGGCGUUCAGCUCCAGACGAAUGAAGCUCACGGAGGCUAGAGUCGCCCGUGAUCACUUCCUGUUUGUAACGGGAGCGGCGGCUAGCACGUUAGCUAUGUCCACUUCUAUAUACAGUCUGUGGUCCUUGCGCUCUACCAGCUGUGUGCCAUGUCCCAUUUCCAGUGCCUUGUUCAAUCGUUCUCAUUUUGAAACAUUUUGGAGGUAAAAACGACACCUUAAAGAGGCAGUUUACCCUCAUCGUCACGGCCCUUGAACUUAUUUAAACUUUUGAGGAACUGGGUUUGAUUUUCUGUAUUUAUCCAUUUUGUAUUACUGUGUUUGAGUUCAUCUACAGCACAAGAUUUGAGAAGUACUUCGAACUAAAGACGCCACGGCUCCCCACUGUAUAUUAAACCAAAAGUAAAACCACGUACUACAAGAUGAUGUAAGAAGGUGAACUGCCUCUUGUAGAAAA